CUCGUUUCCCACCCCCGAUUUUUCCCUGUUUUGUCUGUCUGUCCAUGUUCUUCCAUCUGUUGAGCCAUCGAUCUCCCAGUAUCUCUGAGUGCUUCUUGUUCCCUGAUUGAGUCGGACUUGCUGUCCGACUUGUGUGCCUUUUCCUUCCUAACCCAUCAUGUCUGCCGUUGCCGUCAACUCUCAGGGUCAGAGCGCUCGUCAGUCAACGCGCCAGACCAGAACGAACCCAUCUCGCACAUCCAAGACAUUGGGCCGCUCGUCCUUCGCUUAUGGUCAUGGCUCCAUGGCAGAUACCCAGUCUGCGACCCCUGUCGCCCAUGGCUUCUAUCCUGCUCUCACCCAUUUCACGGACGCCAUUACAGCCCUGCCCAGGGAAUUUCGUCGUCAUAAUUCGUUGCUCAAGGAGGUCGAUGCGAAGGCUUGGGCCCUCGAGGAUAAUUUGCUCCAAUUGCUGAGGUCCGCUUCGGAGUCGCAGCCUGUGCCGUACCCCUCUACUCCGAUCCCCGAAUCUCAGGAAAGCAAAGACCGCCGGAUCCUGUUCCAUCGUGUGCGCCAUACGCUUACGGAUCUGAUGAUGACCGCGGAUGAGAAAAACCACGUUAUUUCGAAUGCGAACGACGAACUGGACCGACAGCUCACACGUCUUGAUUCUAUCUUCCCGUUCAUCGCGGGGGAGAUCAGCGAUGAAGCUCGUCUGGGAAGUCUGACGCACUGGGCUUACACGAAUAGAAAUGCCCCUAAGACAACUACUAAUGAGCGUCCUCGUCGGGAGGCUGCGUCGACUAAGGAAUUGGCGCAUGCGAUCCAUGAGGCGGAGGCUGCUUCGCGGAGCGAGGCUAGGCGCGAAGCUGUCAUUGCGCGCAGGCAGCGUCGCACGCAUGCGGAUUCGGAUUUGGACGAUGUACGUGCUGGCGGGGCUCGCAAGGGACAAUCUAGUAAAUCUCGCGGGGGUGCGGGUGCUGGUGAUCAGGCCGGACAUGGUCAGGGAAAUACUGGGUCGGGCCAGGCCAAACGGCGCAAGGUUGAGCGGCCCGCGCCUGUGGAGGCUGGUGCUGCGAUGGAACGCACUGCUAGCAGCGCUAGUACUUCGAGGCAGGCUGCUUCGAAGGAUCCCGCUGAAGCUACGAAGAAGAGGCGGGCACCCAAUACGAAUGCGGCGGCUCGGAAGAGAAACAACACCAAUGCAUCUGCAGUCGAUUCCCCGGUUCUGGCUCCAUCCCCUGUUGUCGCUGCUGCGGCUAUCCCACGAAGCGCUGUCAGUCCUGGACCUGGUGCAGUGCGGCCGCAGACUUCUCGCGCGCAGCAGAAUUCCGGACAAGCAAACACUGGUCGUCAGAGACCGUCAUCUUCUGCAUCUAAUCGCGUUACUAGCAACGGCAAAGCUGCAGAAAAUAAAACCACAAUCAAAGAGACGACAUCCAAAACCGAAGCCACUCCUACUUCUAAUCCAGAUACCCAACGAGAAACCGAAGAGCCCACCACAGACGCAUCUAAGCUCCCACCUCCUAUCAGCACUAAACGCGAAGACACCGAUGGAAAGCCCGCGCCGUCCAUCGAACCGGGCGAAGUCCCCGCACCGCCAGUCUCGAAUCCACCUCCCAAGGGCCGAUCAUCUAAGACAUCCACCCCGGUGCUACCCACCUUCUCCGAACCCACUCAGCGCGUACGACCUACCCGAAGCACGGAUCCCGCACCAGCCAAACGGUCCCACAAGAAGAACAGCAGCGUACCAGUGGUGCAAGCGCGGGCUGUAUCAGAAGAGGAAGAGUCUCUCCAUGAGGGCGAUGAUGAAGACGAAGACGGCGAACCCAGAUACUGCUACUGCAAUGAGAUCAGUUUCGGCGAGAUGGUAGCAUGUGAUAAUGACGCCUGCCCUCGCGAGUGGUUCCACUUGUCGUGUGUUGGGUUGACGAAGCCGCCUGGGAAGAAUGUUAAAUGGUACUGUAAUGACAUUGCCGAGAUCGAAGCAUCAACCGAUAUUCUCAGCGACCCCUGCAGAUCCGUCAAAGUGGUCCGAGUAAAAGAGCGCUUCGCAGUCAAAUUCGGCUUCUCCAUCGCACCUCUAGAAGCAGAGAACAUGAGAUUCGUUGCUACUAACAGCAAAGUCCGCGUGCCAAAAGUCUACAAUGACUUUAUCGAUCCAAAGACCCAAAAACGGUACAUCAUCAUGGAAUAUAUCCCCGGGACCGAUUUGCAGAAGUUAGCGCCAUCUCUUUCUGAAGACGGGAAGAAGAAAGUCAGCAGGCGUAUCAAGGAAGCACUUGAUGAACUGCGACGUAUUCCUUCCCAGGGAUAUCUUGGGAACUUGAACCGCACACCUUACUACGAGGGCAUUCUCUCUACUCCCCUUGAUCGUGACCCGAGCAUAUCUGGUCCUUUUGACAAUGAGGAACAGUUCAACCAGGGUAUAUUGAAAUGUCUAGGACGGAGGGAGUCGCAGCAUUACGUCCGCUUGCUUCAUCAAGCGAUUAAACGUACACUCAAAGGACACAGGAUUGUCUUCACCCAUGCGGAUCUCCAGCCGAAGAAUGUCAUGGUUGAGGAACAGAAGGGGGUGUGUGAGGAUGGAAAUGUCUUUGAUGAGUAUCCGGUGGAGUAUCUUAUGAUGCGGAUAUUCUAUAUGUCGAUGUUUUACUGA